AUGGAGAUCGACGAGAGCUACUCACCGGUCUAUCACCCAUCAAGUACCCCCCCGUACGCCCGCCAGCCACCACCGGUCUCAACCCCCACCCGGUCUCCGUCGCCUCGAUCCUCUACCCCUCAGGCUCCAUCUACCCCAGACCCCCCUCGUACGGUCCCAGUCACCGCCCGCCAUAUCAUCCGGCAACAGGAUAUCUCCCGUACGACACGGACUAGCCAUAUCUACAAGGAUCGAUACACCCACACCACUACCGAGGAGGAUCUCCGACAAGAGCUAGGGCGGUGGAAUCUCCGAUGCUGGGUCUGUAUGAUCAACCAGCAGCCGGACGAGCAUGAAUUACUUUAUUGUACGAGCCCGCAGAGCACCGAGGCCCAGGCUUGGUACUCUGAAUGGCGGAGCCGGAUCCGGUUCACACCCUUCUCCUGCUGCUUUCAUUGUGGGCUUCCCGAGACGAUCUGUGACCGUCGGACAAGCCAGCGGCCCUGUGAGUAUCCGUACGUUCUUUUGCCAAUGAUGGCGAUGAUGAUGUAUGGGGUGGCGACCCAGGGUGAGAUCCAGGAGCAAAUCCAGUCGAUCCUGCAGACAUGGUAUCGAGAGCUGGGGACUGAGAUUCAUAGUGAGCAGGACCUCGUACGAUAUCUCUCCCAGAGGGCAGAUACACCACUAAAACAGAGCCGGCUCUGUGAGGCCUUUUUGUAUCUACGGCAGCAGUUUCACCGGGUCAAUCUAUAG